AUGCUGACUAUUGCAGUGUCGACAACGACCUAUAUUCCUAGUCAACAUGGCGGACGAUUUUACACUGGAACAUCUCUACUUCCGGAUCCGGUGAAAUCAAGAAUGAUCCCAGUUCCGGAGAGCAUGAAGGAGGGUUUGUACCGGGUGCAUGGACUGCCUGCACCCGACAGCCGGCGACCCUUGCUCUACUCACAGCCAGGGCCGACAAGAUUCAUCGAAAGUUUUACUGUAACUGGGUUAUCGGGCAUAGAUUCUCACAUUUUUAGUUCAGUGUACACUAGCUUAAAUUGCCACCUGAAAUUGUUCUAUAUUAUAAUUUUGACAGGCCGUUACUAUGACAACCCUGCCUUCCGCCACGGCGCCAUUGGUGGUAGUAAGCCAAAGGUGGCCACACCCGCCGUCGUCUCCAAGAUCGAGCAGUACAAGCAAGAAAACCCAACGAUAUUCGCUUGGGAGAUUCGAGACAGGCUACUUGCUGACGGUGUGUGCACACAAAACAAUGUUCCAAGCGUCAGUUCUAUCAACCGGAUAUUACGGAACAGAGUGGCCGAGCGGGCAGCUGUGGAGUACGCCAGACUCGCCAGCCAAUCACUGUACGGCUUCUAUCACCCCAUGUGGUCAUUUCCGCCUCAGCCAACAUCGCCUUUUCUCACCUCUCCAAUCAUCCCUGACAUGACAUCACCAGGUCACAUGACUUCACACCCAAGUUCACCAUUUUAUUGGCCCAGGGACCAGACGACAACAGACAAAGAAGAACGAGACUGUAACGGUAACACAGGACGUCUGUGUUCAGAAGACGACAUGGACGAGUCCAACGCCCAGAAACUCCGCCGGAACCGCACUACUUUCACGGCCGAACAGUUAGAUAUCCUUGAGCGAGAGUUUCAGCGGACGCAUUACCCCGGAGUGAGUACCAGGGAGGACUUAGCGAGGAAGACAGAUCUAUCUGAGGCCCGUGUACAGGUAUGGUUUUCCAAUCGACGCGCCAAAUGGCGACGCCAUCAGAGGCUGCAUCUUUUGCAGAACGCCGACGCAAUCUUUCGGCCCUAUGCGCAAUUUUGUUUGCCUCCGCGUCACUUGCUGUUUCCCGCCAGUAGCUCGAGUUCCCGACAUGACGUUUCUCCUCCACUGUCCCCCGGGAUGGACAGGAUCAGUGUUGGGGACAGGUCGCCUCUCUCCUCGCCCGACAUAGAGGAUAAGUCCACAGGACUGAUGUCGGACAGUGUAUCCAGACCAACUUCCAGUCUAAACCUAGGCAGUGAGCGUUCGGCUUUUGAGAAACCUGUGAGACACAAGAGAGACUAGUUCUUCAUGACUGCAUGCGAAACACAGGAGAGAGUCCUGCAUGGCGGCACGUGAAAGACCAUAGACUGAUUGAGACUCCAUGAUUAGAUGUAAACCACAAGAGACACUAAUGCUACAUGUUUACAUGUGAAUCACGAGAGAGACUAAUGCUACAUGAUUGCAUGUGAAACACGAGAGAGAUUAAUGUUACAUGAUUGUAUGUGAAACACAAGAGAGACUAAUGCUACAUGAUUGUAUGUGAAACAUAAGAGAGACUAAUGCUACAUGACUGUAUGUGAAACACAUCAGAGACUAAUCCUCCAUGCUUUAUGUGCGAAACACGAAAGAGGCUAAUGCUACGUGAUAGCAUUUGAAACACAAGAGAGACUAAUCCUCUAUGCUUUACGUGCGAAACACAAAAGAGACAUCAGGACUGCCUAUGAAAACAAGAGGGGUUACGUCUUCUCAUGAAAAUUGCAGCGCUUGUAAAAUUCCCUCUUUUCAAACAUGCUGAAAAGCUAUGUCAUUAAGCGCUACAGACUGUCUCAGUCUGUCUGUCAGUAACAAUGUUUCAUUCAUAUUCAUUCUUAAUGAGUGUUAAAUAGUUUUUUCCACAUGGUUGCGUUCAUCUAUUGCAUGUUGCCUGUGCGUGACAAUGAGCAAGUUUUGGUGGACACGCAAGGCAUCUGGAUGCAAACAGCACAUACACACUUGUUAAUGCAGCCAGCACAAGCUUACCAGCGCGUGUGUAUGC